AUGACAUAUUUCACACAUACACUGAAGGUAUUCAAGCGUCACGUGCGACCACCUAUGUUCCCACCACAACUUUGGAACGUAAACAGCAGGACACUGUCAGAUGAGCCAAGAACCAACAACCAUUUGGAAGGCUGGCAUCGGAGAUUCAAGUCAAUAGUGGACAAGUUCCAUCCAAACAUAUACGAGUUUAUUGAUACACUGCAAGGGGAACACGCUAGAACGGAAAUGGUUAUUCAGCAACUGAUUGGUGACGGAGCUCUCCAGGAAGCGAGACCAAAGAUCAAAAAGAUGAACGAGAAGCUACAAAGAGUGGUGCAGGACUUUGGGAAACGAUCGUCUGAAGAAUUUCUGAGAGGAAUCGCAUAUAAUAUAAGAUACUGA